GCUGAGACCGCCGAGGAGCCUGAAGUUGGUUUAAACCAAAUAGAAAGCUUCAAACAUGUGCUUAAAUAGAACGGCCCGAGUUUGGAGGAAAACAUGAAUUUGAAGUGGACUGGGGACAUUACUAGGCCUUCAGGAGACCCGCGGUACUGCUUCUUCACGCAAAGACCGAUUGCGACGGCGGAAUGUAUGUUGACGGUCGUCAUUGGCAACUGAAGUGAGAAUUUUCCAUUGAAGAACUGGGACUGCCCCGGCCCCUGUGAAAACUGCCAAGUUUGGCUCACUCAAACCGUUUAAGUCCAAACUAGGCUGACGGAGCAAAGCAAAGAUGGACGUAUUCGGUGGCGCACCACGCUUCCUGGCAUACCCCAGGCCGGUGGGGGUACAGAACGGAGCCGAUGCAGUCCUAAAGUGUCAGAUUGGUGGAGAUCCCAGACCAGCAGUCAUAUGGGAGAGGAACAAUGAGAAGAUCGACCCACAAGGACGAUACCGUGUCUUUGAGGAUGGGAACAUUUACAAUCUGAUCAUAACAGCUGUUACUAUCGAGGAUAGUGGUCAGUAUAUGUGCAAAGCAAAAAACAGUAUCGGUGAAACGUAUGCAGCAGCCACACUGAAGGUUGAAGGGGAGGCACAAGAGCUGGAGUUAAGAGAGGAGAACAAACCGCGAUUCCUCAUCAAACCUCUCUCCACUCGAGCAGGCCGUGGAGAAGAUGCGGUCUUCUCCUGUAAGCUCUGGGGAAGUCCAAGACCAGACGUGACCUGGGAGAAGGACGGCAGAAAGCUCAGUGAAAUAUUUGAAAGCACUCACUUCAGUGUGAGUUACCAGGAUGGAGGAUGGUUCCAGUUAAAGAUCUUCAAGACACGUGCACCAGACGGCGGCGUGUACACAUGCAAGGCAAGAAACGAGUUUGGUGAAGCCUUGGCGGGAGCUGUGUUGCUCGUCGAUGCGGGACCCGGACGUGAGGAAGACUCAAACCGUAACGGCUACACCAACGGACACAGAAAACCUCACCAAGGAAAACAUAGGAUUAGCAGGCAGAUGCCCAACCAAAACAAAGACCAGCCGACAACCAGGUCGACAAGAGUGAAAAUGUUUGCAGUAACAGAGGGUAAACAUGCAAAAUUCCGUUGUUUUGUGACGGGAAAACCCAAACCAGAGAUCAUUUGGAAAAAAGAUGGAAGGCUGAUACUGUCUGGAAGGCGGUAUUUGUUAUAUGAGGAUCGAGAAGGAUACUUUACACUCAAGGUUCUGUACUGUAAGCAGAAGGAUAAUGGUGUCUAUGUCUGUGCUGCCUCAAAUACAGCAGGCCAAACCCUCAGCGCUGUACACCUCUCAGUAAAGGAGCCACCAGUGCGGUUCAAACAACCCCUCAUCGACCUGGAGGUAUGGGAGCAGGACUUGGCUGUUCUUGAGUGUGAAGUACCAGAAGACUCUGUCCCAAUCACAUGGUACCUGGAGGAUCGACGACUACAGCCAGGAGCUAAAUAUGGAAUGGAAGAGUGGGGAACAAAACGCAGACUCACGAUCCGUGACAUUGGAGUAGACGACGACGGGAUUUAUCUGUGUGAAAUGCCUGAUGGUGGACGAAGCAUCGCUGAGGUAGCAGUGAAAGGUCCAAUUAUGCGGAAACUUCCAAGGAAAGUUGAUGUUUUGGAAGGUGAAAAUGCUGCCUUUUGUGUUGAAGUGGAAAAAGAGGAAAUGGACAUACACUGGUACAAAGAUGGCAUAGAGCUAUGUGAAACGCAUCAGACAAUCCUAAAGUCUUUUGGUCGAACUCAUAUUCUGGUUUUCGUCAACACGAUGCCCCAAGACUCAGGAUUUGUGACCUUCUUUGUGGGAAGAUCCAAGACUUCCUCUCAGCUCAGAGUCAAGGCGGCCAAACAUUGUCCUCCGAGUUGUCCAGUGGGAGUGCAGAUUAAUACAGAGCGGGCAAAUGCAGCACUUCUUUCGUGGACUCCAGCCCAGGACUCACGCAAGAACCCUCCGUCCGGUUAUGUAUUAGAACGACAGGAAGUUGGCACGGGUUCACAGGAGUGGUUACAGUGCCUGACCACGGACUCGGCCACCUCGGUGGAAAUCCUCGGUGAUAGUGUGCCUUGCGAGGCCGAUUAUCGAUUCCGUAUUUGUAGUGUCAACAAAUAUGGAAAGAGCAACAAUGUGGAGUUCCCAAGAGCAGUGCACUUGGUUCCAGUAGCCAGGAUACAAACCCCCUUACAAGAUGCUCUGGUUCCAGAAGGACAAGAUGCAGUCUUUACCAUUGAAUUAUCUGCGUCUGUUAUCGGCUCGUGGUUUCUAAAUGGCACACAGCUUCAGGAUGAUGAGCGUUUUUCUAUGCGUCGCUCAAGAACACACCAAUCUCUUCGGAUCCAAGGGGUUCGAGACACCGAAAACGGAGCUGAAAUAACAUUUAUUGCAUACGGGAUACGAGAUUCAGCUGCACUCUAUAUUCAAGCCCCUCUCGUCAAAUUUUCACUGCUGUCUGAAAUGGAUCGAAACAAAUUUGUUGAAAUUGGGAACCCUAUCGUGCUCUAUUGCGAGGUCUCGGACCCCGCGGCUCCAGUGCACUGGUACAAGAAUGGGGUGGAAUUACAGACAACAGAUGGUCUUCACAUCCAGUCAGAGGGUAACAUGAGGAGGAUUGUCAUCCAGUCAGCAGAGUUCUCACACUCAGGAGUGUAUUGCUGCGACGCCAUUGAUGAUGUCAUAAGGUUCAAUGUGGAAGUUGAAGCCCCACCUGUAACAUUUGCUGACAUCCCAGAGGAGGAGGUUUUCAAGAGCGUGGUGGAGAACUCUCAGCUCAGCCUGUUGUGUGAAGUGUCGAAGGUCGAUGCUGUUGUCCAGUGGUACAAGGACGGAGCGAUAAUCCAGCCGAGUGGGAAAAUUACCAUCCGAUCUGAAGCAACAAAGAGGCAUCUCACAAUUGAAUCAUCCGAGCUAUCUGAUUCAGGCAUUUACACGUGCCGUGUAGGAGAUAACACUGUAAUCUUCAAGGUCAAUGUUCGAGAACCUCCAGUGAUGAUCAUAUACCCCAAGGAAGAUGUCCACCUUGACCGUCAUGUACCUGAGGAAAUUAUUCUCAGCUGUGAACUGUCUCGUCCAAACGGAGUGGUAAGCUGGUACAAAGAUGGCCAAAAGCUCCAGAAGAGUGAGAAUAUCAAACUGAAGGUUGAAGGCCCCUAUCGACGACUCAAGAUUCUUAAGAGUGGAGUUGAGGAUUCUGGAGAAUACGUCUGUGAUACAGAUGACGAUUCAAUAUUUUUUAAUCUCACUAUUACAGAACCUCCAGUGAAGAUUGUAUCUCCUAGUCAGUCCCAAAUGGAACUGUGCCAGCAGAUGUCAGAGAGGAUGGUACUGAGCUGCGAGAUCUCACGGCCAAAUGCACUGGUCCGUUGGUACAGAGAUGGUCUCGAGGUAGAGGAGAGCGACAACCUCAUACUGGAGGUAGACGGUGUCUACAGACGGCUCAUUAUCCCCAAAACCACUGUAAAAGAUUCCGCUGAAUAUGUCUGUGACACAACAGAUGACUCCAUGACAUUCUUUGUGAAUAUAGCUGAGCCUCCUGUCCGCUUCGUCCGUUCACGAAAGAUAGUAAACAGACUGGAAAAACUCAUUGGUGAAACUUUGGUUCUGGACUGUGAAGUCUCUCGACCGAAUGCUGUGGUUGUCUGGAAGAAAAAUGGAGAAGAAGUGGAAGAUUCCAAAAAUGUCACAGUCCUUGAAGACGGUCUAAUACGUCAAUUAACUGUUCAUUCACUGACUGUAGAAGAUGUGGGUACCUAUGUCUGUGAUGCCAAAGAUGAUGUGAUGGAUUUUCACGUUAAAGUGAAAGAGUUGCCCGUACAAAUCAUUGGGAAAACCAAUGCAAAAACCGAAAAGCAAUUCCUAGUUUCUGAUGACAUAAUUCUAGUGUGUGAACUGUCCAGACCAAAUGCUUCUGUCAGUUGGUACAAAGACAAUCAACCAAUUGACAACACUGAGCGUUACUGUAGCGAAGAGCAAGGUGUUUUCCGAUCAUUGGUCGUCCUAAACGCUUCGCUCGAGGAUUCGGGAGAGUACACUUGUGAUGCAGUGGAUGAUAAGAUGGUCUUCCACAUCACAGUUGCAGAUCCUCCAGUCAAGAUUGUUGGAAAUUCUGGCAACCCGGAGCAUCAUAUAUUAGUAGCGGGAGAAGAACUUAUUUUAGAGUGUGAGGUGUCUCGGGCAAAUGCCACCGUUCAGUGGCUCUGCAAUGACAAGAUACUGAAAGCAGACACCCGGAUGAAAAUUUACUGCCACGACGUCACAAGAAAACUUACUCUCUCCAGACUUCAGCCAUCAGACUCCGGAAAAUAUGUUUGUGAUGCAGCAGAUGACAAGAUGAUCACAAUUGUUGAUGUCCAGGAAGAGCCAGUCAAGUUUGUGAAUAAAAAGGCAACUAAUAAAAUCUUAGCCUAUGAAAGUGAAAGUGCAACACUUUGUGCCACUGUGAGCCAAGACAAAGAUAAUGUGCGCUGGCUGAAAGAUGGCCAAUUACUGAACAAGGAUAACGUUCACAUCUCCAGCGAGGGUUGUACCCACAAGCUCACCAUUAAUCCCCUGCAGCUGUCAGAUUCUGGAGACUAUGUCUGUGAUAUACAUACAGACGAUAUGAUUUUCAGUCUUUUUGUGAAAGAAAUGAAGGUGAAAUUCAUCCGCCCACUGGAGAAUGUUACGUCUCUGAAGGGCAGCAGCCUCACGUUACGAUGUGAGAUCAAUAAGCCAAAAGGAGACGUCCAAUGGGUGAAAGAUGGCCAAGAGAUCUUGCCAAGCCGUCGCUACAGAAUAAGGGCACAAGGUCGAGAGCGAAGUUUCAUGAUCUUUGAAGUGCUUGACGAAGACGCAGGCCAAUAUGCCUGCGAAAGCACAGAUGACAGAACUUUUGCUACUGUCACUGUUAAAACCCCUCGUGUUGUGGAGUUCAUAGCAGAACUCCGUAACAUCACAGUUCGUGAGGGGGAAGACGCCGUUUUUAAGUGUGUGGUUUCACCAGUGGACACUCAGUUGGUGUUUUGCCUGAAUGGCAAACAGGUAGCCUGGAAUGAGCGCACUGAUGUUUCCAGCAAUGGACUGUGCCACAUGCUCCGCAUCCGCAACUGCAAGGUUUCAGAUGCCGGCAUGGUGACAGCUGAUGCGGAGGGAUUGAUAUCAAAGGCUGAACUCAGAGUUCAAGAACAGCAGGUAAUGUUCACUAAGAAGAUGACAGCAGUUACAGCUGAGGAAUACGCCGAGGCGACCCUGCAGGUCGAGGUGAGCCUCGAUUCAACGGAAGUGCAAUGGAUGAGGCAAGGGGUGCUGAUCCACCCCGGGGCCAAGUACACCCUGAAAAACAAGGGCAACAAACACAGCCUCACUAUCCACAAACUGGCCAUGUCCGACCAGGGCACAUACAGCUGCGAGACCCUUCAUGACUGCACGCAAGCUCAGCUCAUGGUGGAACCUCGAAAAAUCACAAUCAAGAAAGCCCUGACGGACAUCAAAACCAUGGAGAGAGAGACGGCCUCAUUUGAGGUGGAACUGUCCCACCCCAACGUCGCCGGCACCUGGUGGAGAAAUGGAAACCAGCUUAAGAUGACAAAUCACUUUCGUAUGAGCGCCCAGGGCCGAGUCCACGGCUUGACUAUAUCCAACCUCUCGGUGGAAGACUCCGGCACCUUCAUGUUCUGUGUGGAGAAGCUGAAAACGUCAGGGAGGCUUGUUGUCAAGGAACCUCCAGUGACAAUUUUAAAAAAAUUAGAGGACCAGAAAUUCCCAGAGGGAUCAGUAGUCUCCAUCGAGUGUGAACUGUCAAGGCACAACGUGGACGUUAAAUGGAUGAAGAAUGGCAGCGAGGUGAAGCCUGGCAGAAAUGUGCGCAUUUAUUCGAUUGGCCGAAAGCGAUUUCUUCAGAUCACCAAAAGUCUUGUUAGUGAUUCGGGCAUGUAUACCUGUGAGGCCGGGGAAGUCUCAACAAGCUGCACUGUGGAGGUCUAUGAACGGGAGCUGCUGGUCGUGCAGGGACUCGAGGAUUUAAACAUCGCAGAAGAUCAGAACGCCGUAUUUGUUUGUGAAAUCUCAUUGGAAGACGUCCCAGGAGAAUGGUACAAAAACGGAGAGAUGAUUUACCCGACAAGUACCAUCAAGACCCGACAGGAAGGGACCAAAUACUUUCUCCUCAUGUGCAAUGUGUGACCAGAAGACUCUGGAGAGAUCAAAUUUGUCGCCAGACAUGUGGAGUCUGUUGCUAAACUGCACGUGAAAGAGAUUCCCCUGAGCAUCGUGAAACCUCUGCAGGAUAAAACCGCCCUGGAGAAGACCCGAGUGAUGCUGGACUGCACCGUGUCCAACCCGAGAUGCAGCAUCCGCUGGUUCAAAGGCAGUGACGUCAUUCUGCCCUCCGAACGCUUCGAGAUCAGCAGCGAGGGCUGCUAUCGAAAACUUAUCAUCCAGCAGGUGGCGAUAGAGGACCAGGGCACCUACAGCAUGCAGGUCGGAGAGAGCACGUGCUCGGCGAAACUCACAGUGGAGGUUCAGACUGUGCUGAUGGUCCAAGAACUGCGAGACGUGGAGGUCGUAGCCCCCACUGAAGCCUGCUUCGAAUGCGAGGUGUCUGCCCCCGUCCAGAAGCCGCCGAUGUGGACCCUAAAUGGGGAACCUCUGCACCCGGGGGCCCAGGUAGGCCUGGAGAAGCAGGGCCUGGUCUACAGGCUGACCCUCAAGCAAACCUCCACGAGCAUGAGCGGAGCGGUGGUGUUCACGUGUGGAAAGGCAAAAAGUGCGGCCCAUCUUCGGGUGUUGAGCGCUCCGUGAGUGACAUCGACUGUCGCCAACCUUCAGAAUUAUUUUCAUCUUGUGAAAUUACUUUUGUCCUGACUUUGUACAAGUGUUAAGUGUUAAAAAGGCCCGGAUUCAAUACCAUGUAUUUUAAUUAUUUUGGGGUUAUUUUGCGUUUGUCCUUUUUUUGUUUGUUUGUUUUUGUUUGGCUUUUUUUGUAAGUAGAUUAUCUUUUCGAAACCCAAAUUUCCAUUAGUAUGAACAAUGUUGCAUUAAGUGUGUCAUUUCAUCUUCUUCGGAAUUUAAGUAAUUCAAAAAGCACUUAGAAAUAUAUUGUAAAUAAUCGCACGUGUGAACAUGGUUAAAUUUUAUGAUUUCAAUAAAUUAAAAAUCAUGAUAAAUGUGUGUCUGAUUUAUUUGAAGCAAUAAGUUACAGUUGUAAUGCUAUUUACAGUACAUUUAAAAGAUAUGAGUUCCGGGGAUGAAGUACUAAGUGGUAACCUAUGUUUUGUAUUUAUUAAUGAGUUUUAAUUGUUACUUUUGACGCUCAUGUUGAAAAGUUUUAUCAGAAAAUGUGAUUAUUUUCCUGGGUCAAUUUGACCGCAUGACAUACUGUACUAAUAUUAGCGUAAAA